GAUCGCUGCUAAGGUCAGCGGGCUUCUAAGUCAGUCGGUCAGUCCAUCCUCGCAAUCGAUCGGCUGUCGAUCGGACAGGAUAUCACUGACAGGACAUCAAGGAAAAAGAAGGAUGCCGGACACGAAGAAGAGAGUAUGCAUCGUCGGCAGUGGAAACUGGGGCUCGGCGAUCGCGAAGAUUGUCGGCGCGAAUGUAAUGAAGUUCAACAACAUAUUCGAGACUCGAGUGACGAUGUACGUGUAUGAAGAGAUCAUUAACAACGAGAAGCUUACCGACAUAAUCAAUACUUUGCAUGAAAACGUCAAAUAUCUGCCCGGACAUAAACUUCCGGAAAAUGUGAUCGCUGUGCCUGACGUCGUUGAAGCCGCAAAGGACGCCGAUAUCCUCAUCUUUGUCUUGCCUCAUCAGUUUAUUCGCACAUUGUGUUCCACGCUGCUAGACAACAUUAAACCAACCGCAGUGGGCCUUUCUCUCAUCAAAGGUUUCGGCCGAGGCGAAGGGAACAACAUCGAACUGAUUUCCAAGAUCAUUGAAAAGAACUUGAGAAUACAAUGUAACGUUCUAAUGGGUGCCAAUCUCGCGAACGAGGUCGCCGAGGAGAAAUUCUGCGAAACGACGAUCGGAUGCAAGGACAAACGGCUGGCGCCGGUACUGAGAGAUCUUAUUCAAACUCCCAACUUCCGAGUUGUCGUCGUGGAGGACUGCGAGGCUGUGGAAGUCUGUGGAGCCUUGAAGAAUAUCGUGGCGUGCGCAGCCGGUUUCGUCGAUGGCCUUGGAUUGGGCGACAACACGAAGGCUGCGGUGAUCCGAUUAGGGUUGAUGGAGAUGGUAAAAUUCGUAGAUACCUUCUACAGUGGCUCCAAACUGUCCACGUUUUUCGAGAGCUGUGGCGUGGCAGAUCUCAUCACUACUUGCUAUGGCGGGAGAAAUCGCAGAGUUUGCGAGCAGUUUGUGAAGACUGGCAAGACUAUCAGGGAACUGGAGGACGAGCUGUUGGCUGGACAAAAGCUCCAAGGGCCUGCAACGGCGGAUGAGGUGCAUGAUAUGCUGAAGUCGCGCAAUGUGAUGGAUAAGUUUCCUCUGUUUACCGCGGUACAUCGCAUUUGCACCGACCAACUGCGACCGGCGGAUCUUAUCGAUCAGAUUCGCAGUCAUCCGGAACAUGUGAUGAAACUAGAGGGAGGUAAUGCGUAGUUCUUAAA